ACUAAUGCACAUAUCCCCUCCCACUCUCUCUCUCGCUCUCUCGCUCUCUCGCUCUCUGUGCCUCACUCUCUCACUCUCUCAGUACUCUCCCAAGAUCAUAAUGCCAAACAGCGGAUCUGAGCGUCCUGCGUCACUGAGAAAGCAAGACACCGCCACCUUUCCCGUCAAGCUACCGUCGACAAAACAACGCUUCUCCUCGCCGGCGUCAGCUUGUCCUUCCUUUAGAAUCUACUACUACGACGGAGCCGCCGGUUCCAUCCCUUUCGAAUGGGAAUCUCAUCCAGGCACUCCUAAGCACCCUUCCUCCGAGCUGCCUCCACCACCGCCUCUCACUCCUCCGCCUUCUCAUUUCUCCUUCUCCGGCGACCAAAUUCGCCGUGGUUCCAAAAAGCCCUUCAAGAAAAUCCUCGCACUAGUCCCCACCAGGCUCUUCUGGUUAUCAUCAGGUGGUCACAAUAAUAACAACAAGGCCAAGAAACUGUCGGCUUCGCCACCGUCUAUGUCGGAGAGGGUGCUGAUCGAUGACAAUGAGUACCAUCUGUUCAAGUUUCAGACAAAAAGGAAGGUCAUCAGAAGAUUUUCAUCAUUUGACUCUUCUGCUACUUCUAUUGAUCACUACCCCAUUCGUAGAUCACAAUCCACCUCUUGCUUCGGAUUUCCCACAUGUUUUACCUGGUAAAAAUUCAGUUGAAAAUUUGGAAAAUAAAACAUGGAUAUAUAUAAUUUGAUAAAUGUUUUUUUCUUCCUAUGUAUUUUGUAUUCCAUCUUUAAUGUUAUUUAGUUAAAAUCAAUCAUGUCGGUAAUAAGAUAAUUUAGUAUAAAGCUAUCAUGCUUUUUCUUCUUUUCCAUUUUGAUAUUUUUUCCUUUCCAAGUGUAAUCUUUAUAUGGUUCCGUGUAAUUGUGAGUUUG